AUGGAGGAGAACUCAAACAGCUUCCCUUCUCCGAGUAGCCCUAAUAUCUUGGAGCCUGACUCACCACCAGAUCCUGGACCGUAUGUCCCAAUGAUUUUACCAUCACCGCCCAACAUCAUCACCACAUCAUCUGAUGACUCCUCUCCAUAUUUUGAUGAUGUACUUGAUGUAUUGCAUGAUAGCAACUCAGCACCAUUGCCUAUAGAUGCUAUAAUACCGUGGAGACCAAGUUUAUACAGUGAAAACUCUGUCACUAGAGACUCUGUACAGUCUGAAGAGAGCGUACGAGUCUCACACAGUGAAGAAUCAAAUUCACAGUUCCCUGACUCAGUUCAAAAGGAUGAUACUAUUGAGGAACCACCAGCAAAAUUACGGCGGUUGAGUUCACCUAAGAAAAAUGAUGACGGUGAUGGUGAGACUUGCCCCAUCUGCCUGGACUCAUGGGGCAACUCAGGUGAUCAUCGGCUUGUUGCGUUAAGGUGUGGUCAUCUGUUUGGGUCUCAAUGUGUUGAACGGUGGCUGAAAGCACAGGUGGCCAAGAACAGAUCUUGUCCAACUUGUAAAAGCAAAGCAGCAAUCAAAGAUAUAAGAUUUAUUUAUGCUAGACGAUUAAUAGCAGCUGAUACCUCACAGAUAACUGCAUUGCAGAAACAAAUUGAAGAUUUGCAGGCAGAAAAGAGUAGAGUAGAACUUGAAUUGCAAAAGUCCAAAAUAGCCCAUCGAGCUAGAUUGUUAGAGCUUGAAGUACUUAGAAGAACUCUCAUGAAAAACCAAUUUAGCAAGGAACAGCCUCCACGAAGGUCAUGGAGAUUUGCUCUAGAGAAAAACCUCGAAAUAUGCAAGGACAAUGGGUGUCGUGUUUUAACAUACAACUGCAGAACAUAUGAGUUAUACAUUUCCCAGAAGAGCUCAAAUAAUCUCUUUCCUGGUUAUGGUAUCAGGAAAGUUAGUUGUGUGGACUAUAAGCUUGGACAGUUUGUACACUUACAUCCAAAGCCAAUAAGAGAUAUAACCUAUUCACAGCCCAGAGAUUUGCUCUUAAGUGUAAGCUUGGAUAGUUCAGUUCGUAUUGUAGAGAGAGGAAUACCUAGCUCUACUAUAAACUGUGGGGUUCCUCUAUGGUCAUGCUCCUGGGACUAUUUGCGGAGCAACGAGUUUUAUGUAGGUGGUGUGGGAGGAGUAAUUUGUCAAUAUGAUGUUAGAAACCCUACCACAUACCUUCAAAGGUUAACAGUGCCUGACGAUUUGUCUCCUGUAGUGUCAUUGUGCUCCACUGAGUUCGGACUCUUGUCAUGUCAGUUAAACUCGUGUAGAUUAUGGGUUGGUGGCAGGCAGUGGGAGCCAAGACCUUUACCAGUUGAAGGACCAUUUAUGUCACUAUGUUAUGAUAAUGAAUCUCACCGAGCAUUAGUCUCUGGACGUUCAAGUGGUGCUGAAAGAUCUAAACUGACAUUGUGCAAGUUGAAAGCUAGUAUGCUAAGUGGUGAAGUGUUGUUUGAUGUGGAACAGACAUUUAGUGGUUCAGCUAGGUCUCCCACUAUGUCCAGAUCAACAUGGGUGAAGGCUCCUGGGGCGUCAUGGGUUGCGGCGCACUCCGAGAGUGAGUCAGCACUUUAUUUACAUGGUCUAGAUGGUGCUAGAACUAUGACUCUGCCAGCAGCCGAACCGGCUUUGGACGUAUGUGCAGCACAACUAAACGGAGACACAGUUUUAGCGGCAUUAUCUGCAUCACGGCUAAGGCUAUACAAAGCUGUGCCAACUAAUUCCUGA